GGAGGGACUUCUCAGGAAACAGAAACUUUGAGUGACGGAUCUGGUUUCCCAGCCCCCACACCUCCGCCCCCCUCCAUCACCUCCCUCUAAGCGUCUUUUACCUCUGACAAGACAACAACGCUUCCCCGGCCGCUGCCAGCUUCAACCCUAUGGGGGGACGAUGGGGCUGUGGACGCUGCUUCUCCUGCUCCUACACCUGGCAGUCUGCGUUUCCCUCCCAGCGCCGGCCAACGUUUCCAUCACCUCCUACAACAUGGAGCACAUCCUGAGGUUCUGGCCAGACCCGCUGACCCCCCCAGACGCCCGCUUCACGGUCCAGAUCCACAGCACCAGGAAGCAGCGAUGGAAAACGGUGGCUGAGUGCGCCGAGCUGACGGCCGGACAGACGUGCAAUCUAACCAGCAAACUAAAGGACUCGUUUGGCCUCUACGUGGCCCGAGUCCAAGCCUUCAGGACCAACCAGACCUCCAGCUGGACCACAUCGAAUCUGUUCCACCCUCUGGCUGACACCGUUCUGGGACCUCCUGAGGUUUCCGUAUCCGGCUGUGGGAACUGUUUGGUCCUGCAGAUCCGAGACGGUCCUGGGAUCAAYGCGGAUCUGRCGGAUCUGCACAGGGAAAUGGAACUGAACGUGAGGAGAACCAGAGACGGCGCAGAGUUCACACGGAAGCAGCCCUACCAGCAGGAGACCGUGAUCUCGUACCUGCAGCCAGGUGUGGAGUACUGCGUCUCCGUCUCCUUCAAGUCCCUCAUAAACCAGAACAGCGUCCCCAGUGAACGCCGCUGCGCCUUCACCAGUCCUCCCCCACCCGAGCACUCAUUGUUCCUGGUCCUCGGCCUGUUGGGGACGUUUACUCUUUUGGUGGUCAUCGUCGUAGGCCGGUUCAUCUUCAGCAGCAAGGUGAGCUUGGAAUUACUGAGACGACACCUGAACAGGUUAAAAAUCUGCAUCUGCCCUGCAUGAAGUUCAGAUCUCAGUCCUAUACCUGCCUGAAGUCUUCUCUGACAGAGGGGGACGGCGUUACGACCUAAGUCAUCCUGAGGAAACAGGAGUUCAGUUACUUUGAGUUCCUCUUCUGGAGGGAACUUCGUUUUUUUUUGUUUUUUUGUAUAUUUACUUUUAUGACCGAGUUGUACUCAGGAUAUAACCACCUCACCUGCCUCACAUUUUUAAUACAGUUAGUGUAAAAUAAUCCCUGUUAAUCAGCACAAAGGGUUUAAUUUAUCUUUUCUCACUGAGGUUUAUUUUAAUUUUCUUUUGUUAAAAUAUGUUUUUUUCCUUCUUCUUGAAGAAAUUUCUGCCAGUGUGUUUUAACCCUUCAAUAACAGAAUGUGUGUUUAAUGUGUAAAAAUCUAUAUCUUAUUAUUUUGUUGGAAAAAACUGAAUGAUUCAUGGUUUUGGAAAAGGUACCUGCACUUUUUUUAAACCUGUGUUUUGGAUUUCUGAGACAAAUGACGUACACCUGUAAAAGAAUCUGCACAGAUGCAAACUACUUCUGGAGUUUUUUUAACAGGAAACGGCUGCCGAGGAAAGAAAUUAAUCAUUUGAAUCAAUAAUCCAAUGGUAUUUAUACUCUGGUGAAAGAUUUGAGCAGAUUCUGUGAUGUGAUGAAACUGUGAUGUAAGAAGAUCCAAACUGUGUUUUUUUCAUUCAGAAAUAUAACCGAGAAAUAUAAUUUAUUUGKUCCUUAUGGCAAUUCUUCUCGAUGUCUGUGCAGGAACAGAUUUCUGAGCCUUUUAUUUGAUUGUAAAUGCAAUAAAAAUGAAAUAAAUUGUG